AUGGCGAGACACCGGAACGUUCGUCGUUUAUAUUCUGAUGAUUACAAUGAUUAUCAUGAUCUUGUUCCAAGCUCCGUCGAGGAGGAGAAUUCAAUAACCCCUGGAACUGUUCUUCAACAUUUGCGAGAGACGGAUUCCUUUCGUGGACCAGACCCACUUUGCCCACUUUCCAAUGAGCCGUUGAAUAUCAAUGCAUCAGAAUUUCCUGAGGAGGAUACGAUUGGUACGACACCCCUAGUUAAUGCCGUUUCGAGUCAUCAUAAUGACGGGGUCGUGGAUAGUGCUGUGUCGAUAGAGUUUGAUAAUCUCGUCCUUGAGGAUAUCAGCGAUCCACUCAAAGAACGAAAUCUCCAUCCCUCGAAGGAUCCUAGUGGGAAGCCGUCCGUUGAGCUUCCCUCUAGUCUUCCUCAUGUGGAAACUGCAACCGCUGCUACUCGCCUUCCAAAAGUUGCUAGUGAGGCCAAGGUGUCGGCACAACCGGCCAAACCUAUCGAUCGUUCCUCCCUGUUGCAUGCCUAUCAGAAGAAGAUCAGCUCCGGCAAGGAAAAGGAUAUCAUUAAUCUCCUUGUAGUGGGUCAUGUUGACGCUGGAAAGAGUACUCUGAUGGGAAAUGUUUUGUGUCAGCUGGGUCACGUUAGCGAGAAGCAGCUGGCCAAGUAUCAGUGGGAAGCGCAGAAGAUUGGAAAGGCCUCCUUUGCCUACGCCUGGGUGCUAGAUCAGACAUCGGAGGAGAGAUCGCGAGGCAUUACCAUGGAUAUAGCGCAGAUAGCCUUUGAGACCCACUCUAAGAGGGUGGUCCUUCUAGACGCCCCAGGUCACCGGGAUUUCGUGCCACAGGUGAUUGGCGGUGCGGCCCAAGCAGACGUCGCUCUGCUGGUUGUCAACGCCACCUCGGGUGAGUUCGAGACCGGUAUGCAAUUAUCCGGAGGCCAGACUCAGGAACACGCGCGCCUUGUGCGUCUUCUUGGCGUCUCGCGCCUUAUCGUAGCGGUGAAUAAGAUGGACACGGUCUCCUGGUCUCAGUCCCGUUUCGAGGAGAUCCGUACCGUUAUGAUGCGUAUGCUGAAGACUAUCAAUCAGCCCGAUGUGGUCUUCUGCCCUGUCUCCGGUCUCUAUGGUGUUAAUCUGUUGCAUUCAUCGGACACCCCCCCAGAGAGGGAUAUUCAACAUCUUGCUCCGUGGUAUAGUGGACCCUGUCUUUUAGACAUCAUCGACAGUCUGGACAAGGUAGAGCGGCCGGUUGAUGCACCCUUCCGUUUCGUCGUAAGCGAUAUCUUCAAACCAAUUGGCUCCUCGGUACCAAUAGUAGCGGGCCGUGUCGUUUCUGGCGCUGUAUCGGCGGGUGUGAACCUCCCCACCAGUAAAAUUAUCUGUCUACCCUCCGGUCAAACAGGUACAGUUCGAUCGAUUCGUUCGCUGGCUGCUGUCCCUAGCGAUGGUGGUGGUAGUGGAACAGGUGUGUUGGACAUCAUUUUGCCCUAUGCGUUUGCUGGUGAUCAAGUCGGUCUGAUGCUCUCUGGCCUUGACGCGGAUCUCGCGCUGACUCCUGGUGAUGUCAUCUGUGAUCCUGAUCCGCCUCUUGCCUCAGUCACAACUCGUUUGCGUGCGAAAGUUCUCAUCUUCGAUGUUCAACAACCAAUCACGAGGGGAUAUCCUGUCAUAUUCUACUACCACUGUUCUUCUGUACCUGCCGUCAUCACAAAACUCCUGUCCGCGACUGUGAAAGACGAAGAGCGUGGCAAGAAAGAUGUCGUCAAACCGAGGUGCUUGUUGGGGCGUUGCACCGCUGAAAUUGAACUCGCAUUGGAAUCACCUGUGUGUGUGGAGAUCUACGAUGUCUGUAAACCACUUGGUCGGUUCGUGCUACGCGUGGGAGGGGAAUCUAUUGCUGGUGGAACUAUCGUUGCUCUAAAACGAGGAAAAAUCGGUUCGGUGCCUAUUCAGUCUGAAGUGAAAUAA